CGCUGUUCAGAUUGAUUCUAGUCUGUACCCGGCCCGGCUGGACGUGCAUUUUCUUGUCUUUCGAGCUGGCAUUAUGUUUGGAAAUGGAAUGUUAGCUUAAUCGCAAUAAACACUGAAAAUGUCGACUGGAUCAAGAGUGUCUGUUGCUGCUUCUAUUGUGAUUGCAGCUGGAAUUAUCGCAGGUGUUCAUUAUAAAAAGAAAAUCGAUCAAGCUAGGCUGCACCAAGGUGUACAUAGAGAUUUGGAGAGGCAGAGGAGAAAGCGACAAAACCAAAAAGACUUGGAGGAACAGAUUGCUCUGACAAAACAACUAGAAGAAGAAAGAGACAGCCGGGAUAAACAACGAUGCCAAGUGACUUCGUGAUUUGCAGAAUCUUAAGCACUGUGAAUGGGACACAGAUUUUUAAUGACCGGUGCAGCAGCUGUAAAACUCCUCCAAGAUGUUAUAUGAAUGAUGGAGUUCACCUGAGAUGCCAUCAGCUGGAACUGCAAGUUCCCCCCCCCCCCAUCACAUGACUGUCAUGUGAUGUAGUUUGUGUCUCCACAUGUGAUGAGAGGUCUUAAAAAAACAUGCCUGAGGCAUUGCGAUAAUGUUCUGAUCUUUAUUUUCCAGUGAAGGAGGUUGUACCAUCAAGAAUGGCCUUCCCUGGUCCUGGCCUUCCCAGGUCCCGGCCCUCUUGGUAAAAGAUAAACACAACUGAAGAUCUAGUUUUAGAGGAUUUCUAGAGGCAGUCUGAUUCACGUCUAAAGAUGCAUGCAAAAUAUAUUCCUUAACAAAGGGAUAAUUACCUUGCUUCUGGGUUCUAGCAUAAAGGGCUUGAACUUUCAUUUCAUAGGGUCCUUAAAGUCGUCUCAGUUUCGGUCGUUUUAGGUAGUUUUUCUGCGCAUGUAGGCUCAUUCAGUCGAAAUCAUUAAAAUUCAUUAUAUGAAAUGACAUUCUUUGCAUUAUAAAAUGAAAGGUUUAUAAUCAUACAUAAUUCAAUAUAAUGUAGUCAAAAAUAUCCAUUGUAGUUAAAGAAUGAAUCCUCUUUUUGGGGUAGAUGUUUUCAGAGGGAAAUUUACUGUAUUAUUAACUGGUUGAAAAACAGCAAUUCACUUGGCCGAUAUGAUAGACAUCUUAGAAUUUUCCAAAAGCUAUUAAUUUUUUUCAGUGAUUUGGAUUUUUGCAUUUUCAGAAGUAUUAGUACAUGAAAACAGCAGUGAUAUCGUUUCUGUUUGUGCUUAAAGUGGUCAUUUAAUUUUCCAAGUAAAGUAAUAAACAAAUUUUAA